AUGGCCGCCCUCAGCGACUUAGCUACCGUAGUACACAUUCUCAAACGCGCCCACGCCUUUUGUGAAUCCUGCCGUUCCGCCCCCGAAGAGAUCUACCUCGCACGUGAGCAUGUACACGCCAUGACUCUCUGUCUUGAAGGAGUUUCAUCCGAUCUGUACGAGAACCAACGCUCGUUUGUACACCAAACCACCUACAAGGCCAAAACCCGUCAACACACGCUCAAGGCGCACAUCGCGAGCUGCGACCGCUCUCUGAUGCGAAUGGAAGUUCUGCUGCAGAGUUACCAGGGGUUCAAGAAGGAACAUGUCAGUCUCUGGGAUAAGUUUCGCUGGAGUACUGGCGGGAAGAAAGAGAUUGCGGAGUGUAAAGCGGACUUGGUGCUGAGUACAGCUGUGCUCGAUGUGUUUCUCGGCAGGGAGCAGUUGAGUGUGCUGUAUAAGCUGGAGAGCAUUAUGGAAGCGUUCAUGAAACGGGUUGCACCGUUAGAGGCCUUCGACGUGCCCAUGUCAGCGAAUGAUGGGAGGGGGAGGCAGAGGAGUGGGAGCAACGUCACGAGGACGAUUGUUAUCAGUCUGGUACUAGCCCGACUGAAGAAAGUCUUGCAGUCUUACCGGAGGAAGACGGCUAAUGCCAAGUCCAAGAAAGCCGGACACCAAACAAGCCCAGGACGACCGAAGCCUGUGAUGAGAACAAACUCUGGUUUCAUGAAUAAUCCAAACCGCAACGCCCUGAUGCAUACAUAUGCGUCGAACAUGGCGAGCGCUGCAGCAUUCAAGGCUCCACACAUACAGCGGAAACCUCAUCCUCGCACACCCAGCCCAGACUUCCAUUACAUCCCGAGCACCAGACCAUCUUCUCCUCUACCUGGGCUCAUCCGCCGCUCAAGCUCCAUGCAACGCCUUACGAGCCACCUGAACGCCCGCAACAGCAAUCUCCGUACCUCCAAAGAGCAUUACGAGUGCUGGAGAGUCGGAAUCGGCACGCUGGCCUUGGGGCCUAAGACCGCACCACAGUACCUACCACACAAGCGUGGGCAGCUGCAAUUGCGAAAAAUGGGUGACGUGUUCAAAGAAGCUGAACUAUAUGAUAGCAGGGCGGUGACAGAAAGUGACGAGAAGGUGAAGUCGUUAUUGAAAGAGAAGAAUAGAAAGGUGAAAAAGGGGAGAAAGUGGUACUUUGUGGCAGGGAAAGUGGUCGGGAGGGACCCGGGGAGGACGGGAGUGGUGAGUGUGGAGAAGGCUUUCGUUGUGCUUGUGAGACGAUGA